AUGUACAUCAAAUGUCUAGAAAUGGUAAAGAUGAACGAAAGAGUGAGAGUCGCUUUCCCUGGGAUUGCGAAGCUUUGCAAUCUCGUUAUUGCGUCAAGAAUUCGCGAUCAACAAAAAAGCGAGUUUGAGAAUACGAUAGACGAGAUUGUAAAAGAAAAACAUGUUGGAAAAAUUGGUUUUCUUGGACACUUUUUGAAGUAG